AUGCAGGACAGUAUGGCAAGAACCAAAAGAACAAAGAGGAUUGAAAACUCUGAUGGCUCUUCAUUCUGGGUCCAAGUUAGUGAGCUAUCAGACCGGACGCCUAAUACCGCUGGUACCCCUGGUGACUCUGUCACGGGGGGCUCUGAGGAGAGGGUUAAGGUGGCCCCUUCUAAUGCUUUUGUUGACCUAGUUGGUCAGCAGUUGGCCCCUUCUGAAGAAGAGGGGUCGGCCCCCUCAGGGAGAGGGGAGUCGGACUCUUCCGAUAGUGAGUCUGAAUCCAGCUCUUCAAGCCGUCUUUCUCCAAGUUCGGAGGAAAGGCAUUCUCGCUUACAUGAGGCGGCUGCCACUUCAAAGAUCAAAGACAAGUUGGAGGCGGCCAAUAAAAAGAACCAAGAGCUGGAGAAGACGGUCAAAAGCCUCCGGGACGAGUUGCAGCCACUUAAGAACAUUGCCCAUAAAGCUGAGAGUCUCCAAAAGUCUUUAUCCAAGGUUAAGGAGCGCCUAGAGAAACAAGACGCGGCCAUAACUGAAGAGCUCAAGGCCAAGGCUGAGACUGAAAAGAUGGCUUUAGCUCAGGCCAUGAUGGAGGACUCGGCCAAUAUUAUGAAGAUGACCUGGUCGACCCUCUUCCCAAAAGGUAACUAUGCCGAAUGGGAUUCCAAGUUCACCGCCUGUACUGAAGAGUACAAUAGAAGAAUCAUGCAACAGGCGGCUGACGAGGAUGAAAAAGAGGAGGAGGAGGAGGAGGAGGCGGCCAGCUCCAGCUCAAGUGAGGAUGAGGAGAUGGUUGACCAGCCAACGGAGGCGGAUGGCCCUAAGGAUCCUGCCCCUGAAAACGAGUCAAACAAAGAGGAUGCCUUGAAGGAUUCGGCGCCCAUAAUUGAGCUCGAUCAGGCGGCAGUUAACUCCGAAGCCCCUCCCAAUGUUUAA